GCCCUCGCUAAUUACCGGAGAAGCCAACCGGGCUCCCGCCCCCGACCUGCCCCUGUUUCUCCCUCCUCUCUCCCGCUGCGGCCCAGGUGCGCGGCCUGCCCUUCUGCGGGAUGGACCUGAUGGACGGCUGCCAGUUCUCGCCUUCCCAGUACUUUUACGACGGCUCUUGCAUCCCGUCCCCGGAGGAGGGUGAGUUUGGGGACGAGUAUGAACCCCGAGUGGCUGCCUUCGGGGUGCACAAACCGGAGCUGCAAGGCUCAGACGAAGACGAGCACGUGCGAGCGCCCACGGGCCACCACCAGGCCGGGCACUGCCUCAUGUGGGCCUGCAAGGCGUGCAAGAGGAAGUCCACCACCAUGGACCGGCGGAAGGCGGCCACCAUGCGCGAGCGGAGGCGCCUGAAGAAGGUCAACCAGGCUUUCGAGACACUCAAGAGGUGCACCACGACCAACCCUAAUCAGCGGCUCCCCAAGGUGGAGAUCCUCAGGAACGCCAUCCGCUACAUCGAGAGCCUGCAGGAGCUGCUGCGGGAGCAGGUGGAGAACUACUACAGCCUGCCGGGACAGAGCUGCUCGGAGCCCACCAGCCCCACCUCCGACUGCUCCGAUGGCAUGCCUGAAUGUAAUAGUCCUCUCUGGUCCAGAAAGAGCAGCAGUUUUGACAGCGUCUACUGUCAAGAUGUAUCAAAUGUAUAUGCCACAGACAAAAACUCCUUAUCCAGCUUGGAUUGCUUGUCCAGCAUAGUGGAUCGGAUCACCUCCUCAGAGCAACCUGGGUUGCCUCUGCAAGAUCCAGCCUCUCUCUCUCCAGUUGCCAGCACGGAUUCACAGCCUGUAACUCCAGGGGCCUCCAGUUCCAGGCUUGUCUAUCAUGUGCUAUGAACUAGUGCCCAGUCUAGAUGAGUUCUGCUGGGACAGCCUGCUUACACAGGAGGAAGGAGGCCCAGUAUGAAGACAACCUGUAUAUAACGAUUCCUUGUCAGUUGUAAAUUUGUAAAUAAUAUCUUGCCACUUUAUAAGAAAGUAUAUUUAACUAAAAGUCACAAUUACAAUUAAUAUUUUCUCUUCUGCCCCCUCUUUUUCACUUCUUUAUCUCCAUCUUUGCCUUCUUUGCUUCAGAUACAAAGUUUCAAUAAGACUGUUUCUAAUAGGAGGCAAUUUAUUAAAUGUAACCUGUUGCAAUGCUUAACUUAAAUAUAUGUAUGUUUUAUAAAUAUUGUUCAUCAAAAUAUUAUCUCUGAUAUUUAGAUAUUUUCUUUUCUUUAAAACAUUUUAACAUCUGAGAAUC